AUGGUUGUGAUGGGGUCAAGAUGGUGGCGUUUGAGUUUGAGAUUGAUAGGAGCAACUUUGAUUGGUUUUCUUGGUGUAGCUUCGUUGCUUGCCAUAGCAGAGGCAAGACAGAAACAAGAAGUUUCAAGUACGGAGCAUGAGAUCAAUCCAGAAGAUGAACCUGGUUUUUUGAUGAGAGCACUGAAUUUCUUGUGGCAAAAAGGUGAACUUGGUUAUACACAUGUUUGGCCGGACAUGAAAUUUGGCUGGAGAAUUGUGGUGGGAACCAUAAUUGGAUUCCUUGGAGCAGCAUUUGGAAGUGUGGGAGGUGUUGGUGGUGGUGGCAUUUUUGUUCCCAUGCUUACCUUGGUUAUUGGGUUUGACGCAAAAUCGUCCACAGCUAUAUCAAAAUGUGCAGCGGCUUCAACAGUAUACUAUAAUUUAAAGCUUAGGCAUCCUACACUGGAUUUGCCCAUCAUUGACUACGACUUAGCUCUCCUAUUUCAACCGAUGUUGGUGUUAGGAAUCAGCAUUGGGGUGGCUUUCAAUGAGGCUGCUAGACGCUUGGAGUCAAAUGGUGAUGGUCAUGAAGAAGGGGAAUACGAAACUCUUCCUGGAGGUCCAAGCGGUGAAGGGGAAGCAGAGAACAAGGAGCCUAAAAAAGAAGUGGUCCCUAUUGUCGAGAAUGUGUACUGGAAGGAACUGGGACUGCUCUUUGGUGUCUGGUGUGCAAUCCUUGCAUUGCAGAUUGCCAAGAUCCCAGUGGCUGUUGGGGUAUCUUCAUAUGAGGCUGUAAACUUGUACAGAGGAACGAGGAAGAUUGCAUCCAAGGGAGAGGCAGGCACCAAUUGGCGAGUACACCAGUUGAUUCUCUACUGUUGCUGUGGUGUUUUGGCUGGUGUUGUCGGUGGGCUGCUUGGUCUAGGUGGAGGAUUCAUUUUGGGGCCACUUUUUCUGGAGCUGGGAAUCCCACCUCAGAAUUCAAUAUACAAUAUUACGCAUUUAUCAUCGUCUUUAAUUUCCAACGCAGCCCUAUACUUCGUUGCUGUGGCGACUGUUGCUGCCUUCGUAGGGCAGUUUGUGGUGAGAAAGAUGAUCCAAUUAUUAGGGAGAGCAUCACUCAUCAUCUUCAUCCUGGCCUCCACCAUUUUUGUCAGCGCGAUAUCACUAGGCGGAGUCGGGAUAGCAAACAUGAUUGAAAAGAUUGAACACCACGAGUACAUGGGAUUUGAGAACAUUUGUUCAUAUAAAGCUUAG